AUGUCCCAGAGUGAGGAUUGCCUGGAGUUGAACGUUUGGGCGAAGGAUACAUCACGGAAGAAGAAACCCGUGUUACUUUGGAUUCAUGGAGGACUUAUCAAUCGGGUUAACGGAUCUCGCGAUGUUCUAGGCUUUUCGCUCGGUAGCACAAACAACCCCUUUUACCAGGGUCAGUACAUCGCCGAUAAGGAGGAUAUUAUCGUG